AUGAGUUAUCGCGACCGCGGUUCGGCCGGAAACAAGGACGACUGGAGCUCGAGGAGCAGCCGGGAUGACCGCGGAGGUUCGAGCGGCUACAGGAGUGGAGGCGGUGGCUACGGCGGCGGCGGUUACGGAGGCGGUGGCUACGGCGGCAGCAGCGGUGGCGGCGGCUACGGAGGCGGCGGCGGCUAUCGUGGUGGCCGUGGAGGAGCAGGCGGCGGUGGCGGCUUUCGAGGCGGUCGUGGUGGAGGUCGCGGAGGUGCUGCAGCAUGGGGCCGCCCUGUUACCGUUGCGGAGCCCGACAUCGCAGCCCUCAAUGAAGGAGAAGUCACCACCAACGACUUCUUGAUCGAUCUCAAAAACGCGAUCCCGACUGUAUACAAGUAUCAAGUCGACUGCUUCUGCAUCGUCAAGGACAAGAACGGCGACGACAAGUCAAUUGACAUGAACGUGCAGCCGAAGAAUCCGGUCACGGCCAAUCGCCGACGUGCCGCUCUCAAUAGCGUGAUGCGCACCUAUCUUUCAAGGCUGGAGCUUUCUCGUCAGUGCGUCUACGAUUUUGCCUCUACGCUCUACACUCCCAGCGAAGCUCUCAACGGCAAGACCUACACUCUUACUCGUGACGAUGUGCCGGAGAAGCACCGCGGAGCCUUCGAGCGCGGUCACUUCGAGACUCUGAACUUCCGCUUCGAACUGACGAAAGCUCUCAAGUUGUCCCCAGACGCUCGCGAUGACCAACAAAACACGCAGGAAGUCGCCACCUUUCUGGACGUGCUCACUUCGGCCCAGCUUUAUCGAAACCAAGAUUUCGUACUGAUCAAGGGCGUCAACUUCCCGCGGUCGUCGCGGGGCGGCCUGGUGACGGAACUCCCACAGGGCCUGACGGUUCGCAAGGGUUUCGAAAAAACUGUCAAAUUCUGCAAGGAUAGGCAGGGAAAGCCGGCCUACGCUCUGAACUUGUGCGUUCGCACCAAGCCGUUGUACAAAUCGGGAGAUUUGGUAGAAUUCCUCUGCCAACGUCUCAACGUGCGUGACCCGCGCCAACUUCGUGAUGAGCUUCGGCGGAACCCGAAGGCCGGUGACGUGGCCAGAAAUAUCAUCGUCUCGACGCGUCAUCUCUCCGUUCAGAUAGAUUUGGUGAUCUUCAAACUGACCGACGUCGAUGCGGAGAAUCUCGCCAUAGACGACAUGAACAAGACUGUCUUCCAAUACUACCAGGACAAGUACAACAUGACGCUCAGCUACCCAAACCUGCCGCUAGUUGUCCAUAAGAAGGGAAAGAUCUUCAAUUACUACCCCAUGGAGCUCCUCGAGGUUCGCAUGGAACAGAGCGUCCCGGUGGGCAAGCUGGGCAAUCAGCAGUCGCAAGUUGUGGACUUGACCCGUUUGAAGCCGAACGAGCACAUCGCCGACAUCUCUCUGCUCUUUCCGCUGGCUGCCCUGACACAGGACAAUGAAUACCUUCGACACUUCGGCGUUCGCGUUGAAGAUAGGCCGAAAGAAGUCGUCGCCAUCCAGUUGACACGUCCUGCUCUUGUCUUUGGCUCCAAGACGUUCCACCCCGACGAUGACCGCAGCCCGAACGACAUGGACUGGAAUGGAACUUUCGGACAGCGCUACUUCAAGGCCGCCAAGGUUCCGCCGACGGUGAUCGUCAACUACAACAGGGCCGCUCGCAACGAACAUGACAUCCGUCAAGCCAUCGGCAAGCUCGCCUCUUCAGCUGCCGAGCAUGGCCUGACCAAGACCGAAUAUUUGGAGCGGGCCCGCAUCGUUGAAUGGCGGUCGAUGGGCGACCGCGACAUCAAGGAGGAGGUUGAACGCCUUCAUCGCGACGGCAUCGGCUUCAUUCUCUUCAUCGGAGCUCAGAAAAAGACGGAUGCCGAGGGCCAUGAUAUGGUCAAGUAUGCCGAGCACGUUGGGGGCAUCCCGACGCAACAUCUCGCCACGCAGACCAUCGGCAUUGGCGGCAAGCCUAUGGGAGCCCAGACGGUGCAGAACAUCCUGCUGAAGAUGAACCAAAAGCUCGGAGGGAUCAAUUACAACAUCGACGUCCCCAAGAGCAUCAAAUCAAAGACGCCGUCAAUCUACGAGGAUACGAUGUUCAUCGGCAUCAACAUCUCGAACGCUGGUCCGCAAAUGCUUGACAAUGCUGGAAAGCCUGGCGCUGUUGGGCUGGCUUGGACCACCACUUGCCCGACCGCUCUCCGAGGACAUUGGUUCUACCAGGCUGGCCGUGUCUCUAACCUCCAAUGUGCUGUGCAAUACUUUGCCGGCGCCCUCAAGAACUACCGCGAGGAGACCGGCAGGGCCCCGAAUUCUAUCGUCGUCCUCCGCGCUGGACUGCCGGACACCGGCGCUGACAACGUUGUCGACGUCGAGAUGGCCCAUCUUCACGAUGCAAUGGCCCUGGCUGAGAUGCGCAUGGCCAAUGUUUACUACAUCAACGUGCAAGCCCACACCAAUGUUCGGCUUUUCCGUCAAAACGUCGCUGAGCACGGUCGCCCCAUCGACAACAACGUCGUCUCGGGCACGAUGGUCUCGGAAGGCCUGACUGACCCAUCACUGAUUGAGGCUGUGCUCACUCCGCAACGCGGCCAAAUUGGCACUUCUCGUGUCACUCGAGUCACCCUCGUCUUCAAGUCAGCCGAUGCCCCGGAAUGGACUAGCCAGAAGCUGGGUUCGAUUGUCAACGCGAUGGCCAAUGCUCACGGCGUUUCGAUGUGCCCAACCGGUCUUCCCGAGCCGCUGCUCUCUGCCAGCAACCUGGCUCGUCGUGGUCAGGAGAUGAUCCAGCACCGCAACGUGUCUGGUGGCAAGCAACUCGACGAGAGCACCGUGUCCGACGACCCCUACGUCUCGCAGCUGAACGAAGAAUUCGGCGGUCGCAUCUUCAAGGGCCAGCAGCAUUGGGCC